GGCAGGAAGAAUUAUUAUUAUCACAUUGCCCAUGAGUCAUAACAUUUAUUGAUAUCCUGACGCCUUUGAAGAUGCCGCUAAUAAUUGACGAUGACCCCAGAGCGCCUAUCGGCUUUGACCUGUCAACUGCUUCCACUUUAUUUUGGAGGCCUGUACCAGUUCAUAUAAAACAGAUUGAGCGUGAAGACCAGCAGGAGGAGCUGACCGUGCGCAUUUUGACCGGCUUCGCCCGUCAGAACCACAACCUACGGAUACUGCGCAUACACAUCUCCAGCGACACCGACCUGAACUUCUUGCAUACCCUUGAAGUUAGCGAGGAGGACUUCCAAAGCUUGAAGAAUGACCAGGGGAUUCUCGUCGACUUCGCCAGCUUCCCCGGCAAAAUCAUUAGCCUGCUGGAGAAGUGCAUCACGGCACUGCCGGGCGACUCCCCAAGGUUUCAGGCGGUUAUGACAAUUCGCGGCAUGGAGUCAGUGUUUAAGAUUGUUGAGAUCAACGACUUCAAGCAGCUGCCGCACAUCACGCUGGCGUUCAGGCCCGGGAAUGACUCGGUGGUCAAGCAGUUCCUGGCGUUCCGGCUCACGGAGGUCAAGGGAAACUGCCAAGAGCUAUCCGACGCGCUUAACAAGACUAAGGACGAGCGCGACGGCGUGUCCUCCCAACUGUCGGAGUGUCGGCAGCAGCUGGCGGAGCUGCGGGAGCGGUACGACAAGCACCUGCUGGAGGUGCAGGCGGAGGCCAAAACACAGCAGGCGGCAGCACAUGAGGAGCGACUCCGUGAGAAGGCCCAACUGAAGGAUCAGCACGAAAAGGAACGCUGCGAGCUUGAGAAGCGCUUCCGGGACCAGAUAGCUGGGCUCAACACGCGGUUGGGGGAGCUGGACGCGGAAAACAGGAAGCUGCGGGAGAUCAAAUACGAACUGGAUACGAAGGUUUCGGAGCUCAGUCACAAGCUUGGGAGCGCGGAGGGCAGCAACAGGUCCCUGGACGACGAGAGCGGCCGGCUGCGGUCGCUCAACCAGCAGCUGUCGCUGGCCAAGCACGAGCUGGAGAUCCAACUCAACGAGGCACGGGCCAAGCUGCUGGCGCUGGAGGAGAAGGCUCAGUCUCAGGCGGAUGUCGUGGAGCAGCAGCGAGGGCGCUUGAAGGACAUGGAGGGGGCCAUGCGGCAAGCGGAGCAGCGUUGCGGGGACCUGCGGGACGCCUUGGCUGCAGCUGAGGCUCGCGCAAAGGAGGCGCAGGCGGAAGUGCUCAAGGGCAACCAGAUCAUUGAAAAGCUGACGACUGACUUGCGCCUGGCCAAGGAGAAGACCAAGCGCAAAGCUGCCAUCGUCGUACGGCAAGAAGAAGAGCUGCAGGAGCGCGAGCAGUCCCUAGCCGCCGCCAUGCGCGACUUGUCCUCAAUGAGGCAGCAGGUGGAGGCGCUGCGGUCGGAGCUGGGCGGCAUGCAGGGCGAGAACGAGGUGUUGCGCGGCAAGCUUGAGGACAGCAAGCAGCAGCUGGAGAGCAACCAGCAACUGAUCCGUUGGCUCAACCAGCAGGCGAACGAAGCAAACCUGAAUGCCUCUGGCGCCGUGGUGCCCGGGUCGCGCUACACCUUCCGCCCCACGUCUACACUGGCGGCCGCGCCCUCCGUCGCCGCCACACCCGCGGUGGGCCUCCUCGCCGGCCCUGGGCACUCGUCGACCUACAAACCGGGCGCAAGCGCUAGCAGCAGAUACCUCGGGGCACUGGGCGGCGGGGCCGGGGGUGCAGGUGCAGGACCCGUUGCAGGUGCCGCCGGGGCGGGCUCCUACCCGCAGCCGCUUGCCAACGGGGCCGGCCAGGCUGGCGGCGCCGGCAGCGGAGCGUUCGGCGCUGGCAGUGGCUACGGAACAAGCGGGAGUAACGGGCCAACAGCCAGCGCUGCGGCCCCCAACGUUUCCUUCAGAAGCAACUACGGAUCCGGCCCGCAAGCCACUCCAGGACCUGGGCUGGCCUCAGCCAUGGCAACACCGGCCCUGCACCGUGCUGGGGGCGCCUCGUACGGCACGUCGUACGGGACGGGGCUUGGGGCUUCUAGAGGGCUAGCAGAUGCCACCCCCGCUCCUAGCAAGUACGGGUUAAUGGGCAGGGCUGGGUAUGGUGGGCAGCCCGGCGCAGGGGGCGUUGCGGUCGGGAACGACGGGGCGGAUGGGUCCCGCUGAUCAGCGCUGGGAGGCUUUGCAUACCGGUACUUGUGACUUCCUGACUUGCAGGGUGCUACUGACACUAAUGACUUUGACGUGCGUCGCGGGGCAUAUGGGUGCAUUGACCAUCCUGACAUGGAUUUGUACCAAGAAUAGUUGGCGAGCACUAUUCUGGUGGUUUGUGCUGCGCCUUGGGAAAAGGGAGGCUAUGGGUGAAGAUGUACGUGUGUGAGCUGUUACAAACGCUGUGUUGACAAGCGAGUCGUAAACCAAUGUAUGCAUACAUGCGUUGAUACGUGUCUAAUCACAGCGCAAUACUGGCGCGAGUACAUCAUUUUAGGCCCAAUGGCCAUGUACGGUGCUUGAUAAGUUCCC